UACACAUAUUCGCUCGUGUGUGUGCUGCAAUCAAAUGUGUCCGGCUCAGUAAGUGGGUGAAAGGUCCAGCAGUAAACAGGGGCAUACUUAGCAGUUUCUCUUAUAGCAGCGGCCGACCAGAGCGUAAAGUCCAAAAUGUCCAAACAGCCGCAGCCAAUCAGUCCCCUGAAGAACUUCUUCGCUGGAGGUUUCGGCGGCGUCUGCCUCGUCUUUGCGGGUCAUCCUCUGGACACUAUUAAAGUGCGUUUACAGACUCAACCAAAGCCCAAACCUGGAGAAAGCCUCAUGUAUGCAGGAACCAUUGAUUGUUUCAAAAAGACUUUAGCCAAAGAGGGGGUGAAGGGGCUCUACAAAGGCAUGGCGGCCCCCAUCAUCGGAGUCACGCCCAUGUUUGCCGUAUGUUUCUUUGGAUUCGGUUUAGGCAAGAAGCUGCAGCAGAAAAGCCCCGAUGAUAUCCUCACGUAUCCGCAACUGUUUGCUGCUGGCAUGUUGUCCGGCAUCUUCACCACGGCCAUCAUGACUCCAGGAGAGCGCAUCAAAUGCCUCCUGCAGAUCCAGGCGUCAUCCGGGCAGGUGAAAUACGCCGGGCCCAUGGACUGCGUCAAACAGCUCUACAGGGAGUCUGGCAUUCGAGGAAUCUACAAAGGCACCGCACUCACGCUCAUGAGAGAUGUUCCAGCGAGCGGGAUGUACUUCAUGUCAUACGAGUGGUUGAAGAACCUCCUGACGCCAGCAGGGAAAAGCCACAACGAGCUCAGCAUUCCCAGCGUGCUCUUUGCCGGAGGGAUGGCCGGCAUCUUCAACUGGGCCGUGGCCAUUCCGCCCGACGUGCUCAAGUCUCGCUUCCAGACGGCUCCUGAAGGAAAGUAUCCCAACGGUUUCCGAGAUGUUCUCCGUGAGCUGAUCAGAGAGGAGGGCAUCGGCUCCUUGUACAAAGGCUUCAACGCCGUCAUGCUUCGAGCUUUUCCUGCAAACGCCGCUUGCUUCUUGGGAUUCGAACUAGCUAUGAAAUUCCUCAACUGGCUGGCCCCCAACCUGUGAUGAAAGCUUCACGACGGUGCAUUAUCAAUGAGGGCACACCGAAAACCGUAUCUUGUCAACAUAUGAUUGUGUCUUUUGGAGGAAAGAUGAUCACUCGCAUGUACGCAGUUCUCUCAAACAGUGGCCGCAGUCAAUCGCCGGGAUGCCAAACAGGCGCCGUUUCGUUUUCUUAUUUCGAGUUCACACCCUGACAUGAACAGCUCCGUCCAUCUUGCUAUCCAAAUUUUUUUCUUUGCAUCGUAUCUAAAAAAACAACAUACUUUUUAAGGCUUGACUGUAGGAACUGAUGAAUCCUGGGAAUUGGGGCGCACCGCUUAGCUGCAGCCAGCAGAGGCGCUGUUGUUCAUUCAUUCAUUUUCAACCGCUUUUUCCUCACGAAGGAAGGUCGCGGGGGUGCUGGAGCCUAUCCCAGCUGUCUUUCCCAAUCACAGGGCACAUAUAGACAAACAACCAUUCACACUCACAUUCAUACCUAUGGACAAUUUGGAGUCGCUAAUUAACCUAGCAUAUUUUUGGAAUGUGUUGGUGUUCUUACAAAAAACACUAAACUCAUCACACACCAACUUAACACUCAAAAGGUAUAAUUACGAAACCAGCUCAACCGAAUCAUUCAUUCAUUCAUUCUCUACCGCUUAUUCUCACAAGGUACACCCAAUCACAGUGCACAUAUAGACAAACAACCAUUCACACUCACAUUCAUACCUAUGGACAAUUUGGAGUCGCUAAUUAACCUAGCAUGUUUUUUUUUUUGGAAUGUGGGAGGAAACCGGAGUACCCGGAGAAAACCCACGCAUGCACGGGGAGAACAUGCAAACUCCACACAGAGAUGGUCAAGGGUGGAAUUGAACCCUGGUCUCCUAGCUGUGAGGUCUGCGCGCUAACCACUUGCCCGCCAUGCCGCCCUAUUUUAUUUUAUUUUGUUUUAUUUUUAUUUUAUUUUUUUUUAUUUUAUAUUUAGAGAUGUCGAGGGUGGAAUUGAACCCUGGUCUCCUAGCUGUGAGGUCUGCGCGCUAACCACUUGCCCGCCAUGCCGCCCUAUUUUAUUUUGUUUUAUUUUAUGUUUUAUUUUAUAUUUUAUUUUUGUUUUAUUUUAUUGUAUUUUUUAUUUUAUAUUUAGAGAUGGUUAAGGGUGGAAUUGAACCCUUGUCUCCUUGCUGUGAGGUCUGCGCGCUAACCACUAGACCGCCAUGCCGCCCGCGCUGUUGUUCAAAUCAAAUCAACUUUAUUUGUAGAGCACUUUUCCUGCAAAGACAUGCAACAGGAAGUGCUUUACAGAAUUAAAAACAAUUAAAAAGAAAAACAAUUACACAAUUACUCCAUACUAGACACACACACACACACACACAAUAUGUUAGUACAACUACAUCCACACCAAUGCAGAUAUUUAAAAAAAAAAAAAAAGCCUACAAUUCUGCAUGCUUUGUCCUCCGCACGCACAAAAAUGCAGGUUUUUGUUAUUUUUUGGGGGGGGGGGGUGAAACAUUGAAAAAAAACCAAACAAAUGUGGGCUAGAAUGGAAAAACUAGCUACUUUUAUGGGUGUUUUCUCAUUUUAAAGAUAACGUCCACGUCAUUGUGCAUCUAAUAUAUCACUUUAUUGAUGAAUAUGUGUUAUAAUAAUGAAAACCAAGUCAGCAUUGGUUACUUUGUCAGGCUCGUCAUCGCACCCGACACCCGAUAAACGUCUUUUUAUGUUUCUUUUAACUCCGCUGGAGAGGAUUCAUUUUAACACUGGGAUGGGGGAACAUGGCUUCAGUUUCAGCUAGUUUGCCGUCUUUGGGAUAUUCAGUUAAAGUCACGCUAUGGAGGCAUUUAAACAGGAGUUCAGAACAUUCAGGUGGAAUGAAAACCCUAAAGAAAACCCUGUGUCGUUUGGUAAUUCAGUAAUAAUAAUAAUAUUAUUUUAAUAAUAUAAUAAUAGUACAGUAAACCUCGGAUAUAUCGGAUUCAAUUGUUCCCACUGGUUUUGUCCGAUAUAAGCGAAAUCCGUUAUAUGCGUAUACCGGAAAAUGUCCGUUUUACGCAUAUAUGGGAUUUAUAUCCGGUAUAUGCGUAAAUGGGAUUUUAUCCGUUAUAAAAAGGCACUUCCUUGACUAUGUUUCCAAUGUACCUGGACGCGCAGGCAACGCUGCAAACGCUGCAAAUGACGUCGUAUAGCGGCCUGUCACGAUUCGGCGAAUCGGAGCGCCACGAUGCGGCCAUCCGAUAUAUGCGAGGGAAAUUUCAUGGAAAUGCAUUGGAACGGGACUGGAGAUUUUGUCCGAAAUAGGCGAAAUCCGUUAUAAAAAAUCCGAUAUAUGCAAUGAAUUUUUAUUGGAAAUGCAUUACAGAAAAAUCGGUUCUUUUUUAUCUGUCCGUUGUGAGCGAAUUUCCGAUAUAUCCGAGGUUUACUGUAUAAUAAUAAUAAUAAUAAUAAUUGACUGCAGUUGAGUGUGUGGCCACUGUUUGAGGAGGAAAAAGAAAAAAAUGGAAUAUUCUCACUCCUUUUGCCUUGUGGUAUUUUCCUCUGCGGUGUUUUUCUAAGAAGCGGUGCAGGAGUUGAACAUUUGGUGCCUUAUCUCUCCGCCUUCUUUGGGCAGGUGAACAUAUCAGGGACAAGGUACAUUUAUUAUUUUUUUUAUGUGUGUGUGUGAGCAAUACAACACACACAUUGAUUGAUUGACAACUAUAUGAAUGUUAGUGUAGAAACUAAAUAUGUAAUAAGAAUUUCUAAAGGUGUGUAGCCGUUCAAUGGCGGUGUAUAAAGUGUGAAAAGAGUUUUUUUUUUUCAGUGUGAUUUCUCUGCCUGGGA